GGCAGCCGCGCACACGGCCCCCGCUGAGGCGCGACCUGCAGCCAGCCAUGAGCCGGCCGGCGGAUCCCCCGCCGCCGCUCCCGCCCAAGACGCGGCGGAGCCCGACGGCAACGGUACUCGUCGCGGCCAACCACGACUCGCCGCCCGCGCGCCUCCUCCCGGAAGCCUUCUCGAGCGACGACCGCCAGCGGCACGUCGUCAAGAUCCGCAUCAACACGGGCGACGAGCACGCGCGCGCGCAACAGCCCGUCGAAGCCAGCUCCGGCGGCUGCGUCAGGAUCUCCGUCGGCGGCGGAGCGGCCGCGGACAUGGUGCGGCGCGCGACCCUGGACGGCGGGCGCCAGCACGGCGGCCACUACUUCUUCUGCAACGGCCUGGGCACCGCGUCCGUCGCCUCCAGCGGCCAGUCGUCGCCCAGCGACACGCUCGACAGCGGCACGUGCAGCGACCUGGACGGCGGCACGCCGCCGCCGCCGCCGCCCAAGAAGCGGCCCCCGGCGGUCACCGUCACCGUCAACGGGGGGCGGCGGCAGCGCGCCGGCAGCCACAGCAGCGGCGCCGAGGUGGACGGCAGCGACAUCGACGACGAAGACGAAGACGACGACCGCAUCAGCUGCGACUCGCUGAACAGCGGGCGCGCCAGCCACCCGGGCAGCGACGAGGCCUUCGAGCCGGCGGCGGGGCGCUUCCGCUCCAAGGCGACCAUCACGCUCGCCGGCCAGAUCUCGGACGACGGGCCCCACCUGUCCGCCGACGACGAGCACUCCUCGGACGUGGACAGCCACAGCUCCAAGGGGCUGGACGGCGAGUCCCGUCCCUCGGGGGACGAGGACAGCGGGGUAGGUCUUCGCCGCGGCCUGCUGCAGGACAUCCGCGAGAGGACGUCGCGGCUGUCCGUCUCACCGGUCGCCGAGAAGGAGACGAGGGCGUGGGGCGACGCCCACCGGCCGCUGUCGGCCAGGUCCUCGACGUCCUCGUGCGCCGAGGAGCCGGCCCCGGCCCGCAAGGCGGGCUCCAUCGUGGAGCAGCGCACGUACGAGGACCGGCGCAAGGAGUCGGAGGAUAAGAAGCUGGGGAACGGUGGGCCGCAGUACGACGCGGACGUGUUCUACAAGUUCCACGUGAACGAGACGUUCGACGAGGCGGCGGGCGGCCGCGCCGCCGAGGCGGACCCGCGGGAGGACUCGUUCGCCGGCUUCAAGGACCUGCUGGAGGGCAAGCAGGCGUCGGCGACCAUCCGCAGCGCCAAGGGCACCGUGCGCGGCGUCAAGAACCGCGUGCGCGCGGGCAUCACCACCUUCCUGCAGCUGCACGCUACCAAGAGCUACAAGGAGAAGGAGGCGGGCAAGGUGGUGCUGUACACGACGACGAUGGGCGUGGUGCGGCGGACGCACCAGGACUGCGUGGCCGUCAAGAAGAUCCUGCGCAACCUGAUGGUGAAGUACGAGGAGCGCGACGUGUUCAUGAGCCGCGAGCACCAGGCGGAGCUGCGCGACCGCCUCAGCUGCGAGACGGUGCUCGUGCCGCAGAUGUUCGUCGAGGGACAGCUCGUGGGGGACAGGGAGGCGAUCGAAAAGCUGAACGAGUCCGGUGAGCUGCGGAGGUUUCUCAAGCCGUACAGGAGCCCGGACGCGUGCAGCGAGUGCCGCGUGUGCGGCGGCCACCGCCUGCUGCCCUGCCCCGUGUGCAACGGCAGCAAGAAGUCCGUGCACCGCAACCACUUCACGGCCGAGUUCGUGGCGCUCAAGUGCAUGAACUGCGACGAGGUGGGUCUGGUGCGGUGCCACGCCUGCUGAGAGGCGCGGGUUCCCCGACCGGCCGCCAGGGGCGCCGACUCCGCUCGCGCACCGGCGCGCGCCCAGGCGGAACUUUCUGGAACUGCUUCCUGCUCCUGCUCCGCAGACUGAUAGGUGUACACGUGUUCUUUCUUGCGUCCCAUCAUUGGCAUUCGAAGUGCCAAUAUAAUUAAUAAACCUUGGUAUAAAAUGAUAUGCUGAUUAUUUCAUUUUCAUGCCAUUACAAUUAUUUCAGGGCUUUUACUGUCAAUUUUUGAACGAUAGCAUAAUUUUUUUCUCUAAUUUUGUGUAAACGUUACCGGGUAAGAAAAUAUGUGACAAGUCAUUAAAUUAAAUAGGGCUAUCGUGAUAAAUUUACAGAAAAAUAUUCUUAACCAUUAGUAAUGACAAUAAAAUUAAGUAACCAAAAUGUCAUCUAUGUACGAGCCGUUAUAUCAACAGAUUUAAACAAUUACAUGUGUUAACAUGUUACAAACUAAAACAAUUACGGCGUUCUGUCAAAACUUUUAAAUGUUAAUUUUUAAUGUUAAAUCGUACAAUUUAAAACAUUUAGCUUAGAACCUCAAUAAUGUAUCUAUUCUGUGUAUUAUAUUAUAACACCUGUUUACAAACGUGAUCUGGCUCGUCAUUAGGCAAUGAUUUGACCAAUUUAGUGACUAUUGGGGGUAGAGUACACAUGCAAACUGAGCAGUAGCUGAACACAUUAAGGUAGUUGCAAAUAAAACUGUCAAAAACUUGCUUAACGGUGUAGGCAGUUGCCACAUUAUUGAGGUUAUCAAAAUCACAUACCACUUUUGAACUACGAACUUACAAUACAGCAGAAAUUGUUAUGAUGGUUUGUGUACACAACAUUCAACUGUGGAAUGAGUCAAAUUGCAACUUUACAGGUAAUUUAUUUCAACGAAAGUAUGGGUCAGUUUGAAUGUAAAAUAUAAACAAGCGCACAUCUCACUAUUAUAUACCAUCCCAUGCUGUUGGCAAAUCGGAAGUCAAUGAUGGAAGGAAAAAAAAUUGGUUAAUGUCUAUAUUAGUCAUGAGUUGACCAACUCGCAUUCCUGAAAGGGAAACGAGACAAUAUACACAGAGUAGACGAAUAGUACGCGAAUCAACCUAUCCUUAUUCGGAUGGCAAUUAGUUCGAAGGAUUUGCGAAACAUGCAUACACACCUCACUCGUAUAGUUGUUUUCCUUCAUUUGAAAUAAAGAGAGAGAGAGAUGGAUGACGGAAAUAGCUAUAUUGUUUCCAACAGUUUUAUGUGUCAUAACAAUUUUUUAUCUUUAAAUACUGAAAAUCGGUAUUCUUUAAGCUAGAAAUCACACAUAAAGAGAUUUUAAAACGUCAUAAAUGGUGUCUGUUGGAAGUAUUAGUACAAUUGUAGUCAUUCUGGAAAAUGAAUUCAAUUCUAAAUGCCAAUGACUUCACAGGGAAUCUUUUUGUAGCAGCCAGUGACUUUUAAUUCCAUGCAUUACAAUAAAUUAGUCUAUAUACUAAGCUUUAACGAAUACGAAACGAUAGAAAAUUGUAUGGUUGAAACCAAUACAAUUUCUAUCGUUUCUGUUCACACACACAAACACACACACACACACUCUCUCUCUCUCUCUCUCUCUCAUUUAACCACCGUAAUUUGUUUUUAGAAACAUGUUACGUUUAGUUAGGAAAUUCAAAUAAGAAUGAAGAUUAUUUCCUGAUUCAGAGAUCAAGCAACAAUGUGUGUCGUAUGAAAUCAGUUGUAAUAUCUAUGGAAAGCGAUUUGAAAUAAAAGAUGCUCAAUUGUUAUUUUUCUGACCAUGAUGUGUAUGAUUUAGAGACUGUUCAGAAUCGUUGUCAAAGAAAAUUAUUUAAUUAACUGAUAGUUAAUUGGGACUUAAAAUGAAAUGUUUUUAUAGUGUAUGUUGUGUUAGUUAGUAAUUCAUUUGAUAGAAAAAAAAGUGGAUUACGAAUUGAUUAUGAACAUUCACUAGUUUUCAAAUGGUGCUUUAAAUAAAUAGGUCAAAACCUAUAGCGAAAAGAGGGACUGAAUGUGCAAAACUUGUAGGUGGUGUUUUUAAGUCAUAGAAUUAGCAAAUUGUAGUUCUUAAAGUUAACGAUAGUAAUAAUAUUGCAUUUAGAAAUUGUGAAGAGCAAGUUGGAGCUUUUUCAGGUAAUUUUAAGUGAUAGUAAAUCCAUAUGUGUGUUUUUGAAGAAAAAAAAUACAUCCUUCGUUUUGUGUGACCGUUACCUGUUUACUGGACAGUACAACCAGACAAAUACGUCAUUGUGAAAACAAGUGGUUGAACUUGAAAGACAAUAUUUGAUUCAUUUUUUGUGUAAUAUAGCUUGUAGAUUUCUUUCAUUACUGGGCUUUUGCAUUGUGACAUAAACAUCUUUUUUUUUUUUUACGUGUAAACAUCUUAGCUCUCGGUAUACGGCAUUUGGUUGGAAUAAUUUCGUUAGUGGAACGGAAGUUACAUGGAAUGAAAAUAUUUUAACUACUGUUCUGCCACCUGUGGUGGAUGGUGCUAACCAAAGCUAAUAUAUACCAAGAGAAACUUUAUUGUAUUAAGUAUUAACUGUUUAAUGAAUUUUAACAAAAUUUUAAUAAAAUUCCGUGUCGAAAAUCAGUGUUUAGAAUUUAUUCAAUCUUUUUACUUCUUUAUCGGAGCUGUUUCAUUAUAUAGUUUAAAAUGUCUGUCUGCUAAUCGAAUGAUUCGAUAGUUAACGUGGCUGCUCCGGCAGUGAAUUCUAGUGGCGGGUGCAGAAACUACGUGUGUUUUGCGUCAUGAAUUUUAGUUGAAAACACAAUAUUUCGAAUAUUUAUCACUCACGGCAUUAUUUAAAAGAACUCCACAUUAAAUUUUGUGUCCGAUUUACAUAUUAUAAGUCUAUUUGCAAAACAUGAGAACACAUGAAUCUGCUCUUUACCGAGGUUAGAUGUUUACACAUAAUUGGCGAGUAUUGAAAGACUCACAAUUUUUUUUUUUUUUACUAGCUCAGACCGUUUUCUGCUCUUCACAAAACAUGUUUCAUAUUUUAAAAGAAUUAAUAUUUUUUUGUUUGAAAUCCUUAUUGGGAAAUUAACAAAUUUAGAAUACUUACUUGAAAUCCUUUCAGGUGAUACUUAUUUUGUUAGCUUAUUUUUGUAACGUCUCAAAUUUAUUUAAUGUUCUUGAUUCUAUAUGCAAUAAAGUGUUAAAUUAGUGGCUUGAUAAAUGUAAAGUGUUUUAGUUAAUAUAUUUUAUAUUAAUUUCUCACUGCCUAAAAUGUCUUUUUCUGGCAUGAAAUAAACGUAAUAGCCAUUAACCAUAAUAUACUUUUUUUAUUUUAAGUAAGCAUAGUGUUAUACCGUAUUCUGUAUAUAGUCUUUUUUAAUAUAUAUCUAUUAAUAAGACAAAUUCUACCGAUCACAGAAUUGUUUCAUUAAGAGAAUUGCGUAUUUAGCAAUAUAUCUACGAAUGGACAAGUAUAUUAUUUUCUCAAGUAUAAUUUACCAGCCAUUAUGAAUUCUGCUGGUAAUGGUGGCUAAAUCCUAUACUACCUGUAUGGAUUGAUUUUUUUUUUAGUGUUCAAGGCAUUUGCGAUAAACUGUAAUUUUUUUUAAUUUUUAGCCCUAGUAGAAAAAAAAAGUAUUGUACGUUUGAAGAAACUUGGUCUUCCUAAUAUUGCAAUGUAAUUUUUUUUGUAUUUAAUAAAUUUUUUGAAA